ACCUACGUCAUGUACGCCAUGUUUUGGUGUUUUUGUGAUCAAACUGCCAACGCCGACUUCUUCGUUCUUUAACACACCACUCGGGCCCAUUCUUUUAUACCAGCCAUUCGACAUUCAAUACACCUCACCAGUCUCAAACGAGGUCCAAGUUGGCCGUCUAGCUCAAGAUUCUCAAUACCAACAAACUGUUCCCCUCUGUCCGCAUAAGCUAGCAUUUAUAAGCACCCAGCAUGCCUAUGAACGAGGAGGGCAAGCUCGAGCACGCGGCGCCCAAGCCCAGCGACCCGGCCCACGGCUCCUCGGAAAAUACCAACCACACGACCAAGCAUGGCGAGAAGCCGACGACGGCCAAGGAGGCCAUCAUGGACCCCUCGUUCUUCCCCACGCUGCACGGGGCACCCCUCGCCCAGAAAGUCAAGUCGUACCUGUUCCUUGUGUCCCUCGUCUUCGGCGCCGUGGCGACGCUCUGGUUUUGCGGGUACGAGUUGCUGCAGACCACGCCCCCGGUUGUCCAGGUCCCGCUCGUCGUUCCCGGAACCGAGGGUGGGUACGCGGAGUCCUAUGCAGAGGUCGCCAAGGAAGUCGGCAUAUUGACCACGGGCGCCAGUGCCAUGAUAAUGCUGUUGUUGUACAUCACGGGGACAUCGCACAUUGACUUCUGGAGCUUAGUUAUAGAGUAUGGCUGGUGGACCCUUCCACUGGCUGGUUUUAUGGGGAUCUUGUUCGUCAUCAUGGCAGAGAACACGGAGAGCAUUAGAGAGGUCGAUUGAAAGUUAUCUUUGAUCGUCUACAGUAAUUAGUCACAAAUAAAGACGAACAUGAU